CACAUUUUUAAAAUUUAUAUUUGAAAUGGAAGCAGAAGCAAAUAAAGAUUCGAAUAACGAUUCGAAUGAAACCGAAAAUAAGACUAAAAUUCAAGACGAGUGGUUGAUACGGCGGUGUUUUAUUUACGACGAGGAGUAUAAAGAUUGCACCUCAUUUAGAGCAAGAUUUCACCAAUAUUUCAUACACGGUAAAACUGUAGACUGUUCCCAAUGGAAGAGAGAUUCGAUAAACUGUUACAAAUACAUGGAAUCCCAAGAUGAAAGCGCUGCUAACGAAUUAGUACAAAGCGAAAAAAAUCGACGGAGGGAAAGAUUAAUGUCCCAUUAUUCAAAUGACGUGUGGAAAAAGAGAAAAUCGCCCCCCGAAAAUUGGAACGAACCGUUACCAGACUACAUUUCGAAAGAUUAUGAAAACAGCUACCUCAGUGUGAAAUCGAAAGAAAUGAAAGGGGAAUUACCGGCUAGUUUCGAUAUAAAUUACAGAUGUAACAUAUUGUAGAUACUCGAAGCGAUUUAGUAAAUUUUGUAACAAUUUUUGUUGUGAUCUAGCGGUUGCUAAGCGACAGUUUUUCUGUUUGUAGCGCAUUAGAACGAAGCAAAAUGGCACCCACAGACGACGUAUUGUCAGCGGAGGCCAAAAAUACAAUAAUAUUCAACGCGUCCAAGCGCGAACUAUUCCGAACGAACGAAAACUUCAAAAUAUUCCAACGUAAACUCAAACUCCAAUCGAAACUGCUCACCAACAAAGAAGAAAUAACGGCGAAAGUGCUGCAAAAUUGCGCCCUGUUCAUCCUACCCGGGGCGCAAUCGGACUUUGAAGAAAACGAAAUCAACGCCAUGAAAGAUUAUAUCGAAACCGGAGGACGGAUGCUGGUUUUACUAUCCGAAGGGGCCACCGAAGACAAUUCGAAUGUGAACAUUCUAUUGGAACAUUUCGGCAUCACGCCCAACAUCGAUUGCCUCAUCAGGACGCACUACUACAAGUAUUUCCAUCCGAAAGAGUGCUACAUCAGCGACGGCCAGGUGCACCCCGUUCUGAACAAAGACAAGCUCGAUAUCAAGUUCGUGUACCCCUUCGGGUGCACCUUAAGCGUGAACAAACCCAGCGUGGCCGCCUUCACCAGCGGCCUCGCUUCCUUCCCCGUAGACAGACCCAUCGGGGCCGUAUACUACAACGAGAACACCGGAGGAAAACUGAUUGCUAUAGGCUCGGGCCACUUGUUCUCCGAUAAGUACAUCGACAGGGACAACAACGAUAAAUUAAGGGAGCUGUGCUUGGAGUUCCUGCUGAGCAGAGAGAAGGUGUACUUCCCGCCAACGGAUCACGAUGAUAUAGAUUUAAUGGAUCAUCAUAUAGUACCUGAAACCGCCACGCUGGCGGAGAAGCCCAAAAUAUGCCUGAGCGACGCCGCCGGUAGGGCUACAUCGGUGGAUUACACUAAGCUCUUCGAGCACAAGAUGUAUUCGAUGAACACCGCGCUGGUGACGCACGCCAUUAAGGUGUAUGAGCAAUUGGGGGUGAAGCACGAGCCUUUGAGGAUCAUCACGCCGAAGUUCGAGGCGCCCUAUCCGCCGCUGCAGCCGGCGGUGUUUCCGCCGUCGUUCAGGGACCUGCCGCCGCCCCCGCUGGAGCUGUUCGAUUUGGACGACGCCUUCAGCUCGGUGUUCACCAAUUUGGCGCAUUUUACGAAUAAUUUCGCGAUGAACGAAGGCGAGAAGGGGGAGGACUUGGAGUCGUACAUAUUGGAUUGCGCGAAGAUUUUGAAUAUAGACCUAGAAGAGAACGGGAGCGCUAAAGAAGUGGUUUAUAGAAUAGGUUGCGAGAUAUCCGAUUUUAAGAGCAUUGAAACUAUUAAGUAGAUUUGUUAUUGUAGAGGUAUAAAUAUUUGGUAUUUUUACUGGAGUUUGAUGAUUU